CACUGAAAGCCCAUUUAAGAAAGGACUCGUUUUUAGUUGAUGUCGUUCUCUGCGAUUCGGCACACACAAGACUCAGUAGAGCAACAAUGGAAAAAGAGGUCGAACGGCAACAGAUUCCGGCCGCUUCGUCGCGAAACCUCCACAUAAAGAAGAGGGUUCUCAAGAAUAAAGCUCUUGCCAUAAGCUUCGAUGAGAAGGAUCUCAGGAACUACGUGACAGGGUUUCAGAAGAGGAAGAAGAAGAGAAGAAAGCUUGCCCUACAACAGCAAGACGAGGCACUAAGGCGAAAGCGUAUUGAAGCCCGCAAGAAGAGGAAGCUAGAAAGAGAUUUUGUUUCGUUUGGUGGAGCUCCACCAGUCACAGAUUCAGCACCUGAUGGCAGCGAGGAGCACAAUGAGGAGGAAGAGGAUGAGGAUAGCGAGCCCAUUCCUUCUGUCUCUGGUACAACAAUCUACGACAACGGCGAUCUUCAAGUUUCAGUGACAACAAGCGAAAUCACUCGCGAGGAAGAUAUCAUUCCGAGUGUAAAGAUAGAAAGACCAUUAGUGCAGCCGAUUGCAGCUAGUCAAAAGCACAAGGUGCCUGUGACAAAGAAGAAACCGAUGAAGAGAGUUGUAAGACACAAAUCAAAGUCCAAGUCCAAGUCCGAAAAGAGAGGUGACAAAACUAAGGGAAGCAAAAGAAAAAAAAGCAAGAAUGGGCGGUAGCUGUGGAGGAACUUCCACAUGGUUUUGUUUAUUGGAUUGGUUAUAGCUUCUGGCAGUGCCUCCCUCAUACAGUUCUUAAAUGUGUGUGGCUGCAGUUCACGCAGUGGUAGCUAUCCAAAGACAAGUAAUUUUAGUUCAUGUUUUGUAUGGUUAAACUUGAACUAUAGUUUUAAUUUUUUUCUUAGAGAGAUUGAAAUCGAACUAUAGUUUUAGUUGAUGAUAUAAUGGAGCAAUAGUGUGGAUUUGUUCAACUCGUAUGUCACAUCCAUUUCAGAGACAUGUGUCAUGACUAUAUACAAACAACACAUAUGGGGUCCUCACUAAAAUACACCGUACAGAAUUUUCUUCGUGUUA